AUGUCGGCUACAGGAACUUUUCGGGGAACGCCCAAUAAGACGAUCGGGAGAGGGAGGCUGCCCGACUUCGGAAAUGAUCCUAGCGCUUCCCAUAUCCCCCGUCCCAGACCAGAAUCUUCUGCUACAAUCAACAACACCCCUUCAAGUGACGUUGGAAGUGGUACAAUGAGCGCCGCCAGUAGCAGACAACGACAGAACCAGUCGAAGCGUGAUGAGGCCAUCCGCCGUAAGAUGGAGGCCGACCUCAACAAAAAGAGGAACGUCCCAGCCAAAUCAAGAAACUCCCGCAAGGCCCCGCCCGGCACCGUACUCGCCCUGAAGCCCAGUCAGGCUCUGCAGAUCAAGCCCGGCCUGAGCAUCGCAGAGGCCGCCCAGCUUAUGGCCGCCAAGAGAGAGGACUGUGUGCUGGUGACCGACGACAAUGAGCGCAUUGCGGGUAUUUUCACCGCGAAGGAUCUGGCAUUCCGUGUUAUCGGAAUGGGCCUGAAGGCGCGAGAGGUCUCUGUCGCCGAGAUUAUGACCAAGAACCCACUGUGCGCGAGAACCGACACUAGCGCUACCGAUGCGCUCGACCUGAUGGUGCGAAAGGGUUUCAGACACUUGCCGGUCAUGGAUGAGAACCAAGAUAUUUCUGGUGUUUUGGAUAUCACCAAGUGCUUCUAUGAUGCUAUGGAGAAGCUGGAACGUGCGUACAGCUCUUCUCGCAAACUAUAUGAUGCACUGGAAGGUGUGCAGACCGAGCUCGGCUCCAGCCAGCCCCAGCAGGUCAUUCAAUAUGUGGAGGCUCUGCGAUCUAAGAUGUCCGGUCCGACUCUUGAGAGUGUUUUGGAUGGCAUGCCCCCCGUCACGGUGUCUGUCCGCACCACCGUCAAGGACGCUGCAGCUCUCAUGAAGGAGAACCACACCACUGCCCUGCUGGUCCAGGACCAGGGCUCCAUCACCGGUAUCUUUACUAGUAAGGAUAUCGUUCUUCGUGUCAUCGCCCCCGGUCUUGACCCUGCCACCUGCAGUGUGGUCCGCGUCAUGACUCCUCACCCUGAUUUCGCCCCUUCGGACAUGAGCAUCCAAGCCGCGCUUCGCAAGAUGCACGAUGGCCACUACCUUAACCUGCCCGUCAUGAACGAGGGUGGUGAGAUUGUCGGCAUGGUUGAUGUUUUGAAGCUCACCUACGCUACCCUUGAACAGAUCAACACCAUGUCAACUCAAGAUGACGAGGGUCCCGCAUGGAAUAAGUUCUGGCUUUCGAUGGACCACGAGUCGGACUCUAUGGUCUCCGGCAGCCAGAGCCAGCAACCGCACCGCUCAGUGAUGAGCCCUGAUAUCGCCCGCUCAGGCUACGACAACAGUCUUCUCCCCAACGACUCCGCGUCUCACCACGGUGACGAGCACUCUGAGAUUGCCUCCCAGCACCACACCGAGCCGGCUGCUCCUACUCCUUUCCCCUUUAAGUUCAAGGCCCCCAGUGGCCGAGUUCAUCGUGUGAACGUCCUUACCACCAACGGUGUGACCGACCUGGUGUCGCAAGUCACAGCGAAGCUUGGCAAGGAAGUCGAUGCUGUUGGUGGCGAGGCCACUGUUGAGGAGGGCCGCCUAAGCAACACCGGAUACGCCCUCAGCUACAUGGACAAUGAGGGUGAUACUGUCUCCAUCACCACUGACCAGGAUAUGACUGAUGCCAUCGACCUUGCCCGCCGCACUCACCGCGAGAAGGUCGACUUGUUUGUCCAUGAUCCUUCUCAGCCACCUAUCCCCGCCACUGUUGAACCUCAGCCGGUCAAGAUUAUGACUCCAGUUGAGGAACAAAGUGUUGUUGAAGAAAAGGCACCGGAAUCCCCCGUGGUCAAGGCCCUUCCCCCUCAACAACAAGCCGCGCCCUCUCACUCCCCCGAUGAGCAAUUGAUUGCUGGUGUCCCCAAUGACUUGCUCCUCCCUGGUGCCAUUGUCACCUUGGCCGCAGUCAUUGCAGGUGUAUUCAUACUCAGCCGCCCCAGCGGUCGUUAA